UCAUGCCUCACUAGGAAAGUGUGAAGCGGCGGAAGAGAGGUGGUGCUGCAUCUGCAACUCUGCAUGCAUGGUGGCAACUGCGGGCAUCUUGGACGCACAAAUGGCGAGAGGUCGACCGGAGAAAGUGCAUCCAUAACAAAAGGGUAAGGUGGUGCGCACAUAAUAUUACCCAAAAGUGGCGCGCUGGUAAGUAUAACUGCAAGUUCAUGCACCACAUGCGCAUAUACUGCUAGAUAGAUAGAUGAAAAGUUGCAUGACGUGAAUGGCAACUCUAAAGCUUUGCCCCUGUUGACAUUGGGAAUAUCGGCUUGCUGUUCAUAAUAUCCGGUUCUUCAGAAAGUCUCUGCGCGAAUCGGAUACGUCCACACCGAUAAUAUCUCAUUUCAUUAGGUACACUGGCUCGCAGCUCUGUGUCUGGUAUAUAGGCGUGCGUAUGUCGUCUCUCCUGCCGCUCAUCACCGUUGUUCUUGUUUCGCCCCCGACGACUAGACCAUGGCAGCAGCAGCCGGUCUCAAGCUCGCCGCCCUGUGCCUCCUCCUCGUCGCCGUCGUCUCCUCCCUCCCUCUGCUCGCGCGUGCAGAGUGCGAGUGCGAGGCCGGCGGCGAGGAGGAGGAGCAGGACAAGGCGGGCUCGCUGAGGCUCAGGAUCAUCGCCGUCUUCUGCAUCCUCGUGGCCAGCGCGGCGGGCUGCGCCAUCCCGUCGCUGGGCCGGAGGUUCCCUGCGCUGAGCCCGGACAGGGACCUCUUCUUCGGCGUCAAGGCCUUCGCGGCGGGGGUCAUCCUCGCCACCUCCUUCGUGCACAUCCUCCCGGAGGCCUUCGAGCGGCUCGGCUCGCCGUGCCUCGUCAGCGGGCCGUGGCAGAAGUUCCCGUUCGCCGGCCUCGUCGCCAUGCUCGCGGCCAUCGCCACGCUCGUCGUCGACACCAUCGCCACGGGCUACUUCCGGCGCGCCGCGCACGCCAAGAAGGCCGCGGCCGUCGUCGGGGCCGACGACGUGGAGGCCAUGUCGGCUCAUCACGCGCACGUCGGUCACUCCCACGGCGUGUCAGCCGUCGUCGCGUCAUCGGCGGCGGCGUCCGACGACGGCGGCGCGCAGCUCAUCCGCCAGCGUGUCAUCUCGCAGGUGCUGGAGCUGGGGAUCAUAGUGCACUCGGUGAUCAUCGGCAUGUCUCUAGGCGCAUCCCAGAGCACCAGCACGAUCAGACCACUCGUGGUCGCGCUAACUUUCCACCAGUUCUUCGAAGGGAUAGGGCUCGGAGGAUGCAUCGUUCAGGCCAAGUUCCGCCUGAAGUCCGUGCUGCUGAUGGCGCUCUUCUUCUCACUCACCACGCCGGUUGGCGUCGUGAUCGGCAUCGGGAUAUCCUCCGUCUACGACGAGAACAGCCCCAACACCCUGAUCAUCCAAGGGAUCCUCAGCGCCGCCGCCGCCGGAAUCCUCAACUACAUGGCCCUCGUCGACCUCCUCGCCGAAGACUUUAUGAACCCUAGGGUGCAGGGCAACGGAAGGCUGCAGGUCAUCGUAAACCUCUCCUUGCUGCUUGGGACGGGUCUCAUGUCAAUGCUUGCCAUAUGGGCCUGAGAUAUCGUCCUCACCUGAAAAAAAAAUCGUUUUGAAGAAUUUUUCUUGUUCUUGUUCUUGGUUCAGUCAUCUUGUGGGGGGCAUAGUGAGGAUUUAUCUUUCUUUUUCUUGUUGCUUGCUAGUAAAAAUGUAUACAUGUAUAGUAGAUCAAACUAUCAAACUACAUGGG